UGACUGUGCGGAACCGGAUCUGACUGGUACGUGUAGGCCUCCGUCACUGGAGCUUAUAUCACAAAUUGACCACUUGUUCUGUGUCACUAGAGGUGGAUUUAAUUCACGAGUGUCCCCAUUUGUGACACACAAUUCUUAAUCUCGCAUUUUAUUCCAGGAGUCCUGGUUGUGAGGUCUGAUAACUUCACAGGCACUUGUCAUUGUGCUUACCGCAACAACCCCAGCUCUCUCUGCAGACGUCCAGCUAUGCUGCCAAUCAACUCCACUCUUGUGAUGGCUAACAACACGGUCUAUGUGGAUGGCAACUCAACGCCGGCCCAUUACGCUGACCAGCUGUACUUGCUGACCUUCGGCAUCAUGAUAGUUUUUAUGGAUGUCGGCUUUGGACUUCUGGAAGCAGGCAGCGUGAGAACUAAGAACACCACGCACAUCUUAGUGAAGAAUAUUCUAGAUUCGCUGUUGGCUGGCAUUGCCUUUUGGCUGUUUGGCUACGCUCUGGCUUUUGGGAAAGGCAACGGCUUCAUUGGCUGGACCAACUGGGCCAUGGCUGAGAUCAAGGACACCGAAAUAUCCUUCGCUGUUUACCAAAUCAUGUUUGCUUCUACGGCGACGACCAUCGUGGCCGGAGCCGUGUCGGAACGCUGCGAGUUUGUCGCUUACCUUAUCUACAGCUUUCUUCUGACAGCAUUUAUCUACCCUGUUGUCGCCCACUGGGGGUGGUCUUAUGAGGGGUGGCUCGUCAACGGACACGACUUCGUCAUAGAUGGACAGACAGUGACCAUCAAAUACGAGGAUUUUGGUGGCAGCAGCGUGGUCCACUUGGUUGGAGGUACGGCAGCAUUUGUUGCCACUUGUUUCUUAGGGCCUCGUAUUGGAAGAUUUCACAAAGAAACAGGAAAACCUAUUCACAUAGAGGGCCACUCUGUAGCUCUUUGCACCGUUGGCAUAUUUGUGCUUCUGUUUGGGUUUAUGGCCCUGAACGCUGGCUCGCAACAUCAUAUCACCUACCCAGGAGACGCCCCUGCUAUUAGCCUUGCUGUUUUGAACACGCUGAUAUCUGCCAGCGUCGGAGGUGUGGCCUCCCUAUUGACACACAGAUUUGGCAUAUUCGGCAAUAGUUGGAGUUUGCAUGGAGUUAUCAACGGAGCCUUUGUUGGCAUGGUGUCUAUCUGUGGAGGCUGCAACAACGUCCGCCCUUGGGGCGCCGCCGUGGUGGGACUUGUGGCCAGUUUCAUCAUGAAAGGCAUUGAACUCCUGUUGCUUAGGUACAAAAUCGAUGAUCCUCUGAACGCCUGUGGAAUUCAUUUCGGAGGGGGCUCAUGGGGCGCUAUAAGUCUGGCAUUUCUGAAGUACGACACGGGUAUUUUCUUUACUUGGUCUCAACGAUCUGGAGCUAUGCUAGCGUGGCAGUUUGCUGGAGUGUUGUCCAUCAUCACCUGGACUGGAACAUUGGCUGUUUUAGUUUUCGGCGCCCUCAAAUUUUUCGGCAUAUUUCGAGUCCCAGAAGAAGUGGAAAUUAAAGGUCUUGACGUCACACGGCACAAGCAGCACGCCUACCCAAUAGAGCUCCAUGGUCAGCUGCACAUCAUGUCAGUUGGGGAGCACACAAAGGUCUUGGCUCUAGAACAAGGUUAUGGGCAUCAGGUGUUCGUGUCGAACGACGACGAUAAGAGCAUCCAGUCCAACAUUCGAGCUUUAACUCCAGUGCCCUCGAUGGUGGGAAUGGAUACUGAAAAGCAUCCCAGCUCCCUGCUGGCUAUUGAGUCUGCACCACCUGUAGUUGAAAUGGACAGUGAUAAGCACCCGGGUAUACAUUUAGCCAUUGAGUCUGCGCCAUCAACAGUCAGAGAGAACGCAAGUAACAAACAUCCUCACUUUUACCUCUCCGUUGAGACAGCAACGUCUGGGAUUGAACGAAAACUCUCCAGCACCAUUCUAGCAAUAGAAUCCACAUCAACGAACCAUGCAGCGGACCACGAGACCCACACCAACACCAUCAUAGUUAUUGAUCAAGCAUCCUCGAUUGACAUCGAGAACAAACGGCCCCACUUCUACAUUACGAAUGACUGCAACUGCACAUCUUCAGUAGUUGAAAUAGAAUGCAAGAACUGCCACAACAACUUUCUGUCUAAUAGAUCUAUGCCAACGAUUGUUGAAAUAGAAAAUGACUCCCAGAGCUCCUUGCUGGCAAUAGAAUCAUCCUCAUCACUGGGAGAAAGAGACCAUUAUAAAGUUUCAAAAAGCUUUUCUUGUCCUCGAAUAAAUGUGGAGAAUGUUGAUUAUAUAAAUAACGAAGACUCUGGCAUUGAACUCGCGACAUUUGGUGAAGAGCAGAGAUUGAUGAAAUGACAAAAACUUCUCCAUGAUCUGAAUCAAUGUCCAUGCCCCAAUGACGACACGGAAACACAAUACUCUGGGAUUGACUCAAUGAUCGAAAUCCGCUUCGAUACGGCAACUGACAAAAACCUAAUCAGAGGAGAGAACCAAGCGACAAUUUUUCUGAAUGAGUUCUCCGAAUCUCUAAAAGUACCAGUAAGCUCUGAGCUUAGGUUUAACUCCGGAACUGAGGAGGCAUCGGGCGCUUGCAGGAGACCGGAGAUUUCAGCAACCCUUGCGAACGACUUCUCCGGAGCAUUGGAAGGGCACACCCAGAUCGAUUUGUUGGGAUCAAGAAGUGAGUUCGCUGUCAAAGAUUUAAGAGAAAUCAACAUAGUCAAGGCACUGAAUGAAAGGCCCUCUGAAGCAUUGGAAGUGCUUACAGACAAAGCACAAGUCGGAACAGACUAUGAUUGCUCAGCUGACGGUGACAGGUUUGAGAAAAAAUACUUGGCUUAAGACUCUGCUAGAGAUGGUAUGCAGUUAGUAAUCAGUCUUGGUUUACUUUGCUUAAAAUAGAAAGUUUGAAUAGCUUCCGAUCAAUAAGAUCUCUAACAUUCCAACAAGGAUUCCUAAAAGAUUGGGAAAUUUUAAGAGAUUUUCUGCCCUUGUUCUGUUUUUAACAUGGUCUGCCAGUCUAAAUAUGGAUGUAUUCUUUUUUAUUUAUUCCCUUCAUUUUAUCUUUUUAUUUCUUUUUAAUGGCUUAACAUAAAAAAGGGUGUAACUUUUUUUUUAAGAAUCUUGUAUUUUGAAUCUUUUAUAAUCUUAUAUUUCUUAUAUAAUAUAAAACCAAUUAUUUUAAAUUGUACGAUGUACAUUUAUUUACUUUUAUUAUAACAUUGGUGGCAGUUUUACACUUAUCAUUAUAGAAUACUUACUUAUAGUUGUUUUAGAAGACAAUGAAGUUAAUGGUUGGGGGGGGCCAACUACCACAGAACACGUGCACACGUCUGUUUGUUUAAAUUAACGACGCGCGCGUUUUUUUUUUGUUUUUUUUUUAGACGUAACUAAGCACUGUAAUUAAUUUCAUGUCUAAAAUUUUAAUAUAAAUGAUUGUUUAAAAAAAGGCUUAGAUUUGUAUAGGAAGGAAAUAAAUCGUGCAAUCUGAA